UUUUACUUUAUCCUACUCGUGUCAUAUUAAUUAUUCGUGCCAUCCGUCUUCAAGAGUUCGUUUCGUGUUGCAUUUGUGAAGGGAAUUAGCCUGUGUGGGACUAGUGUAGUGCUUGUAAAAUGAAAAAUGGAAAUGCGCCCCAAAUAAAGCCAUCUUACAUCCCCUGGUAUAGAAAAUGGUGGCACAACAGAAGCGGAAAAGAGAAACGUAUCAUAUACGCUGCCUUAGCCGUAACAUUCGUAUUUAUAAUCAUUAUCAUACUGUAUUUUAUAUUCUCUGUCGAACCUGAAGUUUGCACGACAUCAACAUGCGUGAGAACUUCGAUGGAAUUGUUAAACAAUAUAGAUCCGAAAGUGGACCCCUGCGAAGAUUUUUAUCGGUUCUCGUGCGGCAAUUUCCUGCAAAACACAAACUUAGAUAAUCGCGGCUCGAGAUCCGUCCGGGACAUUAUGGAGGACGAAAUCCAAAUCGAAAUUAGAAAUAUGCUGGAGGAAUCGAUACGACCUGAUGAUCCGAUGGCUUUCAAUUUGGCAAAGAAAUUUUAUCGAGCUUGCAUGAACGAAAGUGCAAUCGACGCCCAAGGAUUAAACAGGAUCAAGGAGAUUUUUAAGCAAAUAGGCGGAUGGCCCUCCCUCGAUGGGUAUAAUUGGUCCGAAGACGAUUUCGACUGGAAAAAGGCGGUUUAUAAGCUACGACAGAUUGGAGUUAAUUUUCAGUUCUUUUUUAUGCUGUCCAUUGGUCAGGACGAGGAGGACCCUUCCAAAAAUAUUUUGUAUAUAGAAGAUCCCAUGUACGGGCCAUCGGGAAUAAGCAACGAAGUAAGAACAAUGUACUUAGAUUAUAUGGUGGACAUCGCAGAACAAUUCGGUGUGUCUCGACGACGUGCCAAGAUAGAUCAGGAACAAGUGCUCAAUUUCUUUUUGCAGCUCGCCAAAAUUUCCGGCGAGGCGCAGGCAGUUAAUGGAACAUCUCAUAUAUACAAUCCAUUUUCGCCGUCUGAAUUGCAGCAUGAAUUCCCAACUAUUCCGUGGUUUCAGUUUAUAAACACAAUACUCGGGCCUGUAGAGACACUCACAUACGAUGACGUCAUCUCCGUUUCGCACCCCCUUUAUCUGCGGAAAUUGGAGGGGCUACUUGAAAAAACUCCAAAAAGAAUCCUGGCGAAUUUCAUGGUAUGGCAAACAUUCCAGUAUUUAAUUAAUUAUUUACCCUCCACAAUAUUAGAUAGAGGCUACGAAUUUCUUGAGAAAGUAAACGGGAAAAAUACUAGAAAACCUCGUUGGAAUAUAUGCAUUAAAGCAACAGAAGAUCGCCUGGAUUCCGUGAUAUCUGCUGCAUACAUCGAGCGAUACUUCGACGACGACACCAGACUCAGAGUAAUGGAAAUAAUAAGAAAUAUCAAAAUUCAGUUCAAAUACAAUCUGCGCAAAUUAGAGUGGCUCGACGCCGAGACGAAAAAUAUGGCCCUGGAGAAGCUGCUCACCAGCGUCGAGGAAAUUGUGUCGUAUAAGGAUUUGAUCGAAUCCUUUGAGCAGGACCACGUGUACAGUAAUUUGAAAAUAAAUGAAAGUGAGUUUCUUCAGUCAGCAAUAGACUUGGAUUACAUUAAUCUCAAUAUAAAGUUUGGAAAAUUGAGGAAAAGAAUGAAUGAUAACUGGCUAAGACUAAGAGGAUUUGUUACUGGACUCAACAUCGUCUUCUCCCCAAAGGAAAAUGUUUUACGAUUUCCGAUUGGCAUAUUCCGCGGCAUCUAUUACGAAAAGGACCGGCCCCAAUACAUGAACUACGGCGUGCUGGGCUCCAUAAUUGCCCACGAAAUAUCCCAUAUAUUCAUACAGGCGGAAUACGGGAAUUCGAAAGGCGAAUUAAGGAGUUGGUGGUCGAGCCGCAGCCUACUCAAUUACGAGGAGCAGCUACAAUGCCUCUCCAAUCAGUAUGCAACCUUUAUUGUUCCUGAGUUAGGCCAUCUGAAUUCAUCGCGAACCCGCGAUGAGGACAUGGCCGAUUUGGCCGGAAUGAAGGUGGCAUACGACACGUACACGAGAUGGUUGCGUGAGUACGGAAGUGAGCCCAAACUUCCCGGACUGAAGUACUCGCCCAGUCAGUUAUUCUGGAUAUCGUCGGCCAUCCAUCAGUGUUCCAAAUAUUCCACCGGCACCCUGAAGAGGUACAUUGCGAAUUAUCAACAGUCACCGCAGCAGUUCCGCGUGAACGGACCGCUACAAAAUUUGCACGAGUUCGCGUUCGAUUUCGGCUGCAGUCCCGGCUCGAAAAUGAAUCCGCCCAAUAAAUGUACGAUAUGGUGAUUUAUUUUUUGUAUCAGCAAAACGAUGUGUAUUUAUUGUUAAUAUAGGUUUUAUUUUAAUAA